AUGUUCUCCCAACUAAAGCUCGAGCGUGCCUGGGUACUUGUCUUAGGACUACUUGCCCGAGGCUCACUUGCCGCUGGGCCCUGUGAUAUAUACUCCUCCGGUGGCACGCCCUGUAUCGCCGCACACAGCACCACUCGUGCCCUAUACAGCGCCUUCACCGGCCCACUCUACCAGGUGAAGCGUGGCUCUGAUGGUGUCACGGCUGAUAUAGCACCUCUUUCCGCUGGCGGUGUCGCGAACGCCGCCGCACAAGACUCCUUCUGCUCCGGGACGACCUGCCUCAUCACGAUCAUUUAUGACCAGUCCGGCCGCGGUAAUCACCUCACUCAGGCGCCACCUGGUGGCUUCAGUGGCCCGGAGGCCAAUGGCUACGACAAUCUGGCCAGCGCAAUUGGUGCACCGGUCACGCUGAACGGUAAGAAGGCGUACGGCGUCUUCAUCUCGCCCGGCACCGGCUACCGUAACAACGCUGUAAGUGGCUCAGCUACAGGCGAUGCAGCGGAGGGCAUGUACGCGGUCCUUGAUGGAACCCACUACAAUGGUGGCUGCUGCUUCGACUACGGCAAUGCCGAGACCAAUAGUCUUGAUACUGGAAAUGGCCACAUGGAGGCUAUUUACUAUGGUGAUAGCACUUCCUGGGGCUCUGGUGCUGGCAGCGGUCCUUGGAUCAUGGCCGAUCUUGAGAACGGUCUGUUCUCCGGUAUCAGCUCUGGCAACAACGCCGGUGACCCGUCGCUCUCCUACCGGUUCGUCAAUGCGUUCCUUAAGGGCGGAGCAAAUAAGUGGGCAAUCAAGGGCGGCAACGCUGCGUCCGGCUCGCUAUCAACGUACUAUAGCGGCGUUCGCCCCACUGCGUCUGGCUACAACCCGAUGAGCAAAGAAGGUGCUAUCAUUCUUGGAAUUGGCGGGGACAACAGUGUCAGUGCCCAGGGCACUUUCUACGAGGGCGUGAUGACCUCCGGAUAUCCAUCUGAUGCCACCGAGAACUCGGUGCAGGCUAAUGUUGUAGCGGCCAAAUACGCUGUCACCUCACUGACCAGCGGUCCGGCACUGACCGUUGGCUCCUCAAUCUCGCUGCGCGCAACGACCUCUGGCUACACAACCCACUACAUCGCACACACCGGCUCUACGGUUAACACUCAGGUUGUUUCGUCAUCCAGCACCACCGCUCUUAAGCAGCAGGCUAGCUGGACAGUUCGGACCGGCCUUGGUAAUAGCGCUUGCUUCUCUUUCGAGUCGGUCGACACUCCCGGUAGCUUCAUACGGCACUCGGACUUUGUAUUCUACCUCAAUGCCAAUGACGGCACAAAGCAGUUCCACGAAGACGCUACGUUCUGCCCGCAAACCGGCCUCAACGGCCAGGGUAACUCGGUCAGAUCCUGGAACUACCCCACCCGCUAUUUCCGUCACUACAACAACGUGCUCUACGCUGCGAACAACGGCGGUGUCCACACUUUCGACUCUGCCACGUCGUUCAACGAUGACGUGAGCUUUGUGGUUAGCAGCGGCUUUGCUUGA